UUUAUUUAAACCACAAAAGAUUCGCUUUUUUAGAGCAACGGUUGAAUAUCUUUGAGUUAUCUUUUCCACCAAAAAAAAACUAAACACUUAUUCAAUAGUAGUAUCAACUAAAAGACAAUGUCGACUACAAUGUAUCUUUUGAUGGCAAGUCUUAUAGUAGUUAUGCUGACAAUUAUGAUGAGACCAUUGAACGCCGAAAACUCACCGCAAAGAAUGUUUGACUUCAAUCGGUUGAAUCCUGAAAAUUGUGAUUUCAAUGUUACUAUAUUUGCCACUAAAACCACAACUUGUACACGACAGAGAUGGUCAACUGAUGAUAACAAUACUGCCAAACAUUCAUCAAUCAGAUGCUGUCGCGAUGGUGAAAGGAUAUGCAUUGGAGUUAAGAAAGCCAUCGAAGGAUGCGAUAUUCACGACAAUGACUAUGUCUCUACCAUCCAGUAUGAAGUGAAUCGGAUUAUUCAAACGGGAAGCGAUUGCGGAGGCGGUAAAUAUGACAAUUGUUACAAAGAGGUGACACCCAUUCAAACAAUCAAUGGUUGCGAAGAGUAUCAACAAUGCAACGCCAAAGCAUUGAUUGAAAACCCGAAGACUCGCAAACCAAAGAAACAAAGAAAGUCUAGUCUGACGUGGCUUUGGAUACUCCUUGUGAUUGUCUUAAUAAUACUACUGAUCGCUGCCUUGACUUUCGUUUGCUGCAGAAUAUUGAAGGCGGAUGUAGGCUAUAAACAAAUGGAGGAAAACCCCACACAGAGUCCAAAGCCGCCGCCUAAGGGUUCGGCAGACAAACCAAAAUCAGCGGACAAACUAACUCGGGAACAGUCCGUAAGGUCUUCUAUUUAACUAAAUAUUUGGCAUUCAAUUGGACUCAAAAAUCAAAUAUCAUUUAUUCAAUUGAUUAUUCAUUUAU